AUGGAAUUGUUAUGCGUGCGUUUGAUCACUUUAUAUUUGAAAUGGGGUUUGUUUCACAGUCUCUUCCUCUUGCCAUUGUGUGGGCAGUGCGCUUUGGCUCAGAUCAGAUAUUCUGUUCCGGAGGAGGUGAAGGACGGGACUGUUGUUGGAAAUGUUGCAAAGGAUCUUGGUCUUGAUGUUGCAUCGUUGGGUGAGAGACGGUUCCGUGUUGUUUCUAAAACAAAUGACGCUAUUUUUGCUGUAAACGCUGAUAAUGGCGCUUUGUACGUCCACGGGCGCAUUGACAGAGAGCAGCUGUGUCAGGGCAGCGGUACGUGUCUGAUGGAGCUGAAGGUUCUGGUGGAAAACCCUUUGGAAGUUCACUAUGUGGUUGUAGAAAUUACUGAUGUAAAUGACCACUCGCCAAGAUUUCCUAAAACAAAUCAAACGUUUGAAAUUGGAGAGCUCACUUUGCCAGGGAAAAGACUUCAGCUACACCCUGCCCACGAUCCCGACGCAGGAACAAAUUCGAUCCGCACGUACACGUUGUCUGCAAAUGAGUAUUUUGAGAUUAAUAUUCGACAAAGUGACUUGGGUAAAAUACCGUUUCUGGUGUUAAAGAAACCUUUAGACCGGGAACAGAGCAGCACACACUCUCUGCUCCUUACAGCGGUUGAUGGGGGCAAACCACAGAAAUCCGGGACACUGAAUAUUACCAUAAUUGUUCUGGACAGUAAUGACAAUAGACCAGUUUUUACUCAAGAGGUUUUUCACAUCACAGUGAAAGAAAAUUUGGAGAAAGGAAAUGUAAUAUUUAAGUUAAACGCAACAGAUGCGGAUGAGGGAAUAAAUGGAGAAAUUGAAUACAGCCUCGGGGAAACAUUGAGCCAAUAUGUUUAUAAAACAUUUGAAUUAAACAGAUUAACAGGAGAAAUUGUCACUAGAGGCCCAAUAGACUUUGAAGAAACUGAUCAUUAUGAAUUAGACGUAGAGGCUUCAGAUAAAGGCACACCUCCAUUAACAGGCGAAUGUAGAGUUAUUAUAAACAUCAUAGAUGUAAAUGAUAAUUCUCCAGAAAUAGACGUGACUUCUCUGUCAAACACAGUGGCUGAAGACUCCAAACCAGGGACAGUUGUAUCACUAAUCAGUGUAACAGACAAAGACUCUGGUGUCAAUGGUAAAAUCAUCGCUCACAUAACAAACAACGUGCCUUUUGAACUCAAACCCUCGUAUAAAGAAAACACAUAUUCAGUUGUCACUAAGGAUUUCCUGGACAGGGAGGAGGUGUCACAUUAUGACAUAACUAUAAAAGCCACUGACUGUGGGGAGCCUCCUUUAUCCACCACUAAAACUCUGAGUAUUCAGAUAUUAGAUGUAAACGACAACAGUCCACAGUUUGAACAAAAUCCUCUGUACUUUUAUAUUGUAGAAAAUAACGUGGCAGGGACGUCACUGUUCUCUGUAACUGCAUCAGACAAAGACAAGAAUGAAAACGCAGAUAUUUCCUACAGCAUUGCGCGUGCAGGACAGGAGAAGGACGUGACGCUCUUUUUAAACGUGAACGCGGAAAAUGGUCAAAUCACUGCUCUGAAAAGCUUUGACUUUGAGACAUUAAAGUCUUUCCAGUUUCAAGUCGUGGCCUCAGACUCUGGGACUCCGUCACUGAGCAGCAACGCGACAGUGCACGUGUUCAUCCUGGAUCAGAACGACAACGCUCCAGUCAUUCUGUAUCCAGUCAGGUCUAAUGGUUCUGCUGAAGGAGUGGAGGAGAUCCCCCGCAAUGUGAACGCGGGACACUUGGUGACUAAAGUCAGGGCCUAUGACUCUGAUAUCGGAUAUAACGGCUGGCUGCUGUUUUCACUGCAGGAAGUGACUGACCACAGUCUGUUUGGGUUGGACCGCUACACAGGACAGAUCAGGACACUUCGCUCGUUCACAGAGACAGACGAGGCCGAGCACAAACUCGUCAUACUGGUCAAAGACAAUGGCAACGUGUCCCUGUCAGCUACAGCUACUGUGCUCGUGAAAGUGGUGGAGCCCAGAGAGGCUUUUGCAGCUUCUGACGUUAAGAGCUCCUCUAAAGACUCUGAGGACACUAACGUGACUUUUUACCUGAUGAUAACUCUGGCCUCGGUCUCAGCUCUGUUCAUUCUCAGUAUCAUUGUGCUGAUUGCAAUGCAGUGCUCCAAGUCCAGCACUGACUACACCUCCAAGUACUUACAGGACACAAACUAUGACGGGACUCUGUGCCACAGCAUCCAGUACAGAUCUGGAGACAAGCGCUACAUGUUAGUUGGACCCAGAAUGAGCGUAGGAUCCACUAUAGUCCCAGGGAGCCAAGCCAACACACUGGUGCUGCCUGACAGGAGGAGGCCCUCUGAGGAGGUAAGAUGA